AAAGAAAUACAGCUAAUAUACUAACUCUAGCAGCUUCAUAUCCAGCUUCACAAGCCGAUGGCAACUAAAAGUUACUGUAACAAUUUAUCUGGCUCUCUAUUUGCGUUGACAGGGGUGCAAUCGCCAGCGCUUAGGAGGGUGAUGUGACAUAGCAUUCUCCACAGAUGUAACUGGCGCGCUGCAACAUGACUGGCUGCCGCGCAGUGCGGUCUGGCGCGUGUACAACCAUCUGUUCACUAACUCUCAAUUCCCAAUGCUCAAUUAAAAUGCAACUGACACACAUGACCAGGAUCCUAUGGUUUAACUGACCUUUGUGAAAUUUACGCAACGCAUUUCACGAUUCUGCCACUCCCCCAAAAGAAAUCACUGUGUCAACGGUCUAGUACAGACUGACAACAGAACACAAACGUCAACCCAACCUCCAGCACCUUGGAACCACCUCCCUACCAUCCUCCCACCAACACCUAAACCUGCAAUGCGGCAGCACAUGCCGUAAUCCCCAACCCUCUGGCGCCGCAUCAUAUGCCUUUCCCCUCGCGCCCCUCCCCGCCCAUCACUCAACCGCCCACCACGCCCACACCCCCCUACUCGAACCACGCCGCCGCCGGCCUCCCCCUCUCCACCACCACCAGCAGCAAACCCCCCCACCAACCCUCGAAACAAAAACCAACCGCCCCCACCAGCCGGCAGGACCCCCGUCAGGACACCCGCCGCCGAUCAGUCCUCCACCCCUCCAUCGCCGUCCUCCUAGGCGUGAACACACACUGGCAUAUCCCGCUCCUCAUCUGUCGCGGGCUCAGUACCCUCCCGGCAGCAUGGUGGGGGCUGAGAUGUCUGUUGACGUUUGUGGGGGAGGUGAUGGUUGAAGGGGAGGAGGGAGAGGGGGGGGUUUGGAGCGUGGAGAGGAGGUUUAGAGUUACGGAGGUGUUUUUGGCGUUACUUUGGUGUGGUGCAUCAGCUUACCUAUCGUUCUUUUUCACGGACUGCCUCAUGUCGCGUUGGCUCGUCCACUACACCCCCCAAGCAACCCUCGUCCGCCUCCUCACGAUUAACUCUAUAAACGCCUACAUAACAUCAUGGGUCCUCUAUCUCUCCGGCGGGAGUGAAGACCCACGGCAGCUGUUGCCGGCUUGGAUAAGCAUUGCCAGCACCCUAACAGUAGCCUACCACACCACCCAACGGCACAUCAACAUCCGCCGCGAAACCCGCGAGACAAUCUCCAUCUUCUCCCUCGCCUCCUUUGCCAGCAUGGCCCUUCUGCUCAUCCAACUGCACCUCUCGCGGGUGAAUACCAUGCCUGUCCCGCCGAUAUUCCAGUUAUUGGGACGGGCGUGGGAGGUGGGGAAGAAGGUUGUUAGACGGACGGGGCUUGGGCCGGUGGGGAGGGAGUUAUAGGACCUGGUACUGGGG